AUAAUCUGACAAAUUUCAAUCCUGGCAUCCAUGCAUUUUAGAAAGUGUAUACACUAAAUUACAUCAACUACUAACAAAUUUAUGAAGCACCAACAUAAUUUGCUUGAUUUUAUAAUGCCAAGCUUGAGAAAAUGGUGGCAGAAGUGACAAAGUUCGAACACCGAUAUACCCAGUGGCCACUUGGUAGUGCUAACUCUUAAAUUUAACUUUAGAAAUUGGGUCUGGAGUGCAGCCGUGGAGCUGACUAACUAUAGUUCUACUUCUCUAGCUUGCUCCCUCUGUCCCAUUUUAAGUGUAGCCAUGACUUUUCGUGCCCAAUUUUGAUCGUCCGUCUUAUUUAAAUUUUUUUUGAAAAAAUUUAAAAACAUAAGUCACGUAUAAAAUACUAUUCAUAUUUUAUCAUCUUAUAACAAUAAAAAUACUAAUUAUAAAAAAAAAUUAAAUAAGACAGACGAUUAAAGUUAGGCACGUAAACUAAUGGUUGCAAAAUAGGACGGAGGGAAUAUCUUUUUAAAGAGCAUUUUAGCCAGCUCCACUCUAGGUUUGGGUGAAGCUGAAAUCAUUUAGAGCAUUCCCAAGAGACUCUCCAAACUAAAUUUUAGCUAUUUUAGUAAAAAAAUCCACUCCAACAAUCUCUCUACUAGAAUGGCUAAGCCAAAUGACUAGCCAAAUUCAUCUCCUCAAUGGCCAAACUUGGCCAGCCCAAGUUGCCUCUCCAUUGGUGGGCCCCACGCCGAAGAGGCUUAUCUCUCCCCGCGCUACCUGCGUCACAGUUGAGAGCGUGAAGGAGGAUGCGGCGGUGGGGCAGCACGACGAGGAGCGUCACCCGCGGCCUCCUGCUCGCCGGCCGCGCUGCUCAGGAUCGAGCUGGCUCCCCCGGCGGAAGCGUCACCACUACAUCCAGCACUGCCGCCUCCGCUCCCGGCCACAUCCGCCGGCGUCUUCUUCCUUUCCGGCGAGGAGCAGAUCCGCAGAUGCCCACGCGGCCAAGGUGAGCACGCAGCCGCAGACGCCCAACACGGCCAAGAUGCACCGCUCGACGCUCGUCAUCAACAAGUUUGUUGGCAGCACGCCGCUGACCGUCGCCGACCAGCUCCUGUGCAACUCCGACGCGGCAGCAGCCGCCGUCGAAACAACGACAGACGCGCCGGCCCCGGCGCUUCGCCGCGUGCCGUCCUCCACCUCCACCACGACGCUAGCGGCCCCGGUCGCCGUGGCGUCGACCUCCACCGACGGCGACGACGACGAUGAGUGCGGCGAGCCGCACCACCCAGCCGGCGCCGCCGCUCCAGCAGCCAACACCAAGCAGCUCCUCCUCUUCGCUGUUGCAAAGGAUUUGAUUUGGGAUUGAUGAUAAGCCAUGGAGAAGUGAUUGGGAGGAAGGAGAAAGGAAGAAAUGAGUGAGAGACUGACAAGUGGGUCCACUGUCAUAGACUUAUAAUGAAGAAGAGUACAGAUAGAGAGGUUGUUGGAAUGAAUAACGAGUUUGGCUUGCUAAAUUAAUUGGAGAGCUGGUUAUAUGGGUAUUUGGAGAGUCGAAUUUUGCCAUUCUGUUGGAAAUACUCUUAGAGCAAGAAUAGUAAUGGGCUAUAAGCAAGCUAUAUAUGCUUAUGUGGAAGAGAGAAAUAAAAAAAGUGGGUAGUGUUGGCUCUCAUGCAAGAGCUAGCUUCACAUAAGCUCCAAAAAAUU